GGCGAAUCUUGUUUCUGUCAAAACGAAACAGUAGUGUCACUCACUGUCCGCCGUACACCACAAAGGAACCAGCCCUCCAUGCACCCACUUGCCCUUGUCGAAUCUUGACGUGAGUGAGGUGAGGUUAGAUCUUCUUGGAUAUGAUGGAGUCCUGUUCGAUGCCGGCGGUGGUGAGGACGUACGUGUCGAGCUGGUGGGUGGCCGGGAAGUAGUCUAUGACGCGGCAGCCCCGUCAGCGGCCCGCGAAGGGCAGGUGCACCUUGCCCUCCCACUCCUACAGGCACACACGCACACACGAGAGACACAGACAUACACAGACAUAAACAUGUUUAUGUGUGUUGGUAUAUUGAUGUUUAUGUGUGUGUGUGUCUGACGGACCGACGGGGGUGUAAAUGCGCCGACUCGGUUGUAGCAGAGCCAUAUGUUGGCGGUAGUCUUCUCGUCGCCACGCACCAUGCAAGCAUCCGAACUGCAGUGCAUACACGGCCACCGAGAUGGGUACGUUUGCGUGUGUGUGCGCAUUGUACUUACUGGUGGUCAUUUCCGCAGAAUACGCCGUCGAAUUGGUGUUUCUGGAGCUUCUCGUACAGCCCCGUGUCGACGCCAUUCAACUUGCGGGCCUUGCUCAGUAUCCCACUCAGCAACUUGCCCUGAUAUCACUCACAGCCAUCCACACAUGUGUGUACACACACGCAGAGGGGUGUCGGUGCAGGCGGGCAGCGAUUCCCUUGCCUCGUUGUUCUCGACUGUGGGCGGGAACUGGCGCAGCGGAAUGUGCAGAAACGCCUUCAUUGCAUAUAAUACGCACACACAAGCGUGUGUGUGUCGUCCAGGUGAGUGAUUGAUUGCGUGCUUACCAGUCUGAGUGCGUCUUUUUCGACCUGUUUGCCUGGGGCGGUGGCGUUCUCUGUCUUGGUGCAGUCGAAGUGGUCGUCCAUGUACUUAUCGAACUGAAUGCAGGCAAGGAAGGAAGGAGACACAGAGAAGAGCAUCCAUCCAUCCAUCCAUUUAGCCAUCAACAGACUAGUCGUUCUUUCCGUGUGUGUGUCUAUCAGCGUACGGCAGCCACGACGGCGGGUUCGACCUCGUCUUUCAAACCGUCCUUAUUGGCCGGCUUGUCUGCACACACACAUACAUACCAUGCAGCGAUUGGCGAGGUGCGUGCUGUGGUGUGUUGUCAAGGUACGGACCUCCGUGUGAGUCGAACAUGGCCAUGAGUAUGGUGCCCUUGACGAUGUUAAGCACGUGGUUGAACGACUUCUGCCCGACACUCAAACAGUACUUGGGGUACGCCUACAUGCAGAGACGCACAGACAUGCACACAUGGGCGGAAAAAUGGAUGCGGGCGGCAUUAAUGUCGUGGCGCCCACCGCGUAUAUCUCGAUCAGCUUGCAUCGCUCCCAGUACUCCUCCUUCACGUCAUUCUCGUGGUUGCCUGCGCACAAGCGGGCACGCACUGGUGUCGCUUCCCCGCAUCUGUUCGUGUGUGCGGUUUGCGUGCCUGGCACGAAAGUCCAGAGAACUCCGUAUUUCUCGACGUACGAGAUGAGCUGCGUCCAGCACUCCAUCAGCUGAUUCCACUCCGUGCGACCCCUGACACCACAAACACCACACACCACACACACGCCCAUGCACAAAUCGUCCGUGUCCGUGCAUAUGUCCGCAGGAAGCGCCGAGCUUGCCUUUCGUCGCAGAUGUCACCUGCAGGCAGAUGCACGGACACAACCACAGCCAAGUGUCGGUUGGUCUUCGGCCCCGAGCGUGUUUGUGCACACACCGUCGAAUACGACAAUCUGCACCCACCCACCCGGCCAUAAGACACACGCAGAGCAAAGAGAGAAGAAACGUGAUGAGAAGUGCGUGUGUCCAUGGAUUGGAUGCACUGCGCGCGUACAUCAGGCUUGGCGGUUCGGAGCAUGUCCUCGACGUGCGCCAUGGUCCGGUCGUAGGCCUUCAUGCCACGGGCAUGCUCCUCUCCUACGAAGGUCGUCUUAUCCCAAUAGUGGCCCUGCAUGACAGCUU